CCGCCCCGCGCGGUGCCCGCCGUCAUUGCCGCGGGCGGCUGGGCCGCCGGCGCCUCCCCCGCCGCGGCGGCCUGAUGCGGCACCCGGCGCCGCCCCGCCUGGCUUUCUCUCCCCUCUUCCCCGAAACCCCUUCGCCUUGAUAACGCCGGGAGCGAGGAGGGGGCGGUGACGCCCAGUGCCCGGUGAGCCGGCCAUGCGGGGCACGGCCCCCGGCGGCCCGGCGGCGGGCGGCGGGCGCUGAGCGCGGGCGGCGGUGAUGCCGAUGCCGGGGGGCAGCGGGGCCGCGGCCGCCGCCAGGCUCCCCCUGUCCGGCGAGGCAGCUGCGGCGGCGCCGCGGGACGAGGAGCAGCAAGAGGAGGAAGGCGAGGAGGAUCUCCGCGACGGCGGCGUCCCCUUCUUCGUCAACCGCGGCGGGCUGCCCGUGGACGAGCCCACCUGGGAGCGGAUGUGGCGGCAUGUGGCCAGGAUCCACCCCGAGGGGGAGCGAGUGGCGCAGAGGAUCCGGGGCGCCGCCGACCUGCCCAAGAUUCCCAUACCAAGUGUGCCUGUGUUCCAGCCAUCCACCCCCAUCCCUGAGCGCCUGGAAGCUGUACAGCGCUACAUCAGGGAGCUUCAGUACAAUCACACUGGGACACAAUUCUUUGAGAUUAAGAAGAGCAGACCUCUGACUGGGCUGAUGGACCUGGCCAAAGAAAUGACCAAAGAGGCCCUGCCAAUAAAAUGCCUGGAAGCUGUGAUCCUGGGAAUUUACCUCACCAACAACAUAACCACGCUGGACCGUUUCCCCAUCAGCUUCAAAACCCACUUCUCAGGGAACUACUUCCGACACAUUGUGCUGGGGGUGAACUUUGGAGGCCGCUAUGGGGCACUGGGCAUCAGCCGACGUGAGGAGCUGAUGUACAAAGCACCCGUCUUCCGCACACUCAGCGAACUCAUCUUUGACUUCGAGGAGGCGUAUCGCCGCUGCUGGCACACUCUCAAAAAGGUGAAGCUGGGCCACUGUGUGUCCCAUGACCCACACAGUGUGGAGCAGAUCGAGUGGAAGCACUCCAUCCUGGAUCUAGACAAGCUAACGCGGGAAGAUUUUCGCAAAGAGCUUGAGAGACAUGCCCGUGAUAUGAGGCUGAAGAUUGGCAAAGGAACUGGGCCAUCAUCUCCCACCAAGGACAGAAAGAAAGAUGUCUCUUCCCCACAGAGAGGUCAGGCCAGCCCCCAUCGGCGCAACAGCCGUGGGGACCGACGACCAUCUGGUGAGAAGAAGCCUGCCGAUUCCAAAACAAUGCCAGACCUCAAUGGGUAUCAGAUCCGGGUGUGAAGAGAGCUGUGCCUUGUGUGCCCGGCUCCACAGACUUCUUGCUGGCCACAGCUGUGACCUGGAUCCGCCUGCAGUGUAUUCUGACAAAGGGAACAGGGGAGCGGGAGCAGAACAGAGUGCUGAUCUUCCCAGGUACUACCUAGUGGGCCAAUCCCAGACAUGGAUCCCAUGGGUCCCAGGGGAUUCACCUGCCUGUUUGGGAGAGGUGUCCAUCUUAAUUCACUGAAACAAGUAUUUAAAAAAAAAAAAAAAAUUAUCUGUAUGCUGAUGGGAGCUUGCUGGAGGAGGAACAUGAAGUGAGUUGGGUCAGCAAACUCACUAUCAGUUUUUCUGUGUUGAUAGCAAGUAAAUGAAGCAUCUUGUCGACAGUACUUCCCUGUCUGCACAGAAGUCUUCAACCCAUGCAAGGCCUGCAAGUCUGAGCAAGAAGUGAUGCUGAAAGGGGAUGGCCCUCACAUUUUGUGCAAACCCUCCUGGUUUUGUCAAGAUGAACACUUUAUCAUUGCCCUUGUAAGAGACAGGGCUGAAUUUGCUCAGUCUGAUUUAUUUAUCAUACAAGGGUCUCUCAUGUGAAGAAACCACCUUGUGUGUUUAGUCCUGCUAUUUCAAAGCAUUCUGUUGUCUCUGAGGGCAUAGUGGGAUGAGGAUCCUGUGCGGAUGCUGAUGAGCUGUUGCUGUGAGCCCUUUUAUAGUUGAGUGGGUCAGGACGUACUGAUGAUAACAGUGAAAACAGGCAUGGAGACCUCAGUCCUCCAAACACUGGAGGCAAGGCCAGACCAGACUGGGGCUCCUGGGAAGCCUUUGAGGUCUCUCUUCAUCAGCCUCCUCUCAAUUAACUUCUAGUGACUGAUGCUGUGAAAGCUUGCAGAAAGCACUUCGGUCACUGAGGUUUGAUUUUUAAAAGUAAAUAGUUAAAAGAAGGAUUUAAUUGUGUGAUCAGGUUUUCCUAAACAUUUUGACUUUCCACAAGGGUCAUGCUCCUUCCUCACUGUAGUGUUAGUGCUAAGAGUUACAGACACAUUUUGAUGGGAAGCCCUGCUUGAGGUGAUUACAGCUGUUUUCUGACAUCUCAGCCUGAAGCCUCCUGAAAGUGGUUCCCUGUCCCAGACCGAUGCCUGUGUUCUGGCUCUUAGAUAGCUGCUGUAUGUAACAGCACCCCUUAUGUGAGCCUUCCCCAAAGGGCUGGGCUGGGCUUUUCGAUCCAGUUACAGCUUUCACUGUGGCUACACUUUUUUUUUUCAGGGGAGUGCUUUACUACACAUAAGCAGUGUAAUGCUUGUCAGAAGUCUUGAGUGUUGUCAGACCUCUCUUUGAGGCCUAGAGCCUGGAAGCAAUGUGGUGGCAAGUCAGAGCAGCAUGGCCUUGAAGUGAUCUGGAUGUAUGGAUCUAGGGGAUGUGAAAACUGGGCUUGGGAGCGGGAGUAUCCUUGAGAGAAACUGAGACUUGUUUUACCAAGCACUGAAAAGGAGCUAAACUUUCUGAAAUACUACAUACUUACUUACAACUGGGCUUAUUAUUUCCUGCAAACUUGUUAGAAACAUGGUGGAACUUAUCUCUACCAGGUUUUUUUUUUUGCAGUAUUGAUGUGCAACACCCUCAUAUAAGCAGUGCUAUUUUUGUGGCAGAGAAUGGGUUCUUAACCUCAAAACAAAUAAGCUCUUCUGUAGCACUAAAGCAGUAUUAAUCCUUGAAGCACCACCCACAAAUGAUUUAACUCAGGCCUCAUAGGUUCCUAAUUGUACGUCCCAAACUGUGAUGUAACUUGCAAGACACUAUAUCCAUAUCGCUGCAGUCUGUCCUUCCAUGCUCUUUGUAGUCUGUACUUUUCUGCUAUGCUGUAUGACCAGGAGGACAAUCCAUAGGGAGGUGGCAGAACUUGCUUCUGAUCCAAGAUAAGAUUGAUCCACAAGGGGAUGCCAGUUCUCACAGUGCAGUGCAACACCCGUCCCCUCCUGUGCACUCCAGCUGCGUACAACCAUUUGAAAUUAGCAGUAGCAAACCAAGCACCCAUUUGAAUGUGUUCUCUGAUCAAUUUUGUGGGGCUGUAAAUUAACAUAUUUAGUAUCUGGGUCCUAACACUUAUGUUAGCUGUAAAGAUACCAGUUACAUGUAAAUAAUAUGGGUCACUCCGAAGCCACAAACUGCCUUUGUAUAAAGUUUGCUAUGCAAACAUUAUGGUUAGUUGGUUAGUUAAUUCAGAGUAACUGGAAAGGUCUUAAGCAAAAUUAGUAUCUUCAUACAGAGCACAUUCAAUACUUAGACAGACUUAAGGUUUUUGAGGUAGAAAGGAGGGGAAAUGUGUUGAGAAGAUUUCAAAACAGAUGGGGCAAGUGAGGGGCCAGCUGCAAGCUAAUGCUUCUUGAGAGCUGGGCAAAAGAGAUGUUUAGCAGUGUUAGAUCACCAGGGAGAAUGACUUAAAACAAAAUGCUUUGUUUGACCUGGUAAUUAAGUAGUUUCCUGCAGGAUGUAACUGGAGCCAAUAGCUCAGAAAACCAAAGGAAGUUGAUGUUUAAGGAAUGAAUGACAGGUAGAGUUCAAGGUCUCUUAACCCUCAACUGUAGCUGGACAAGAAUAUCCUCUUUGAAUAUUUAGUUGCAAAAUUAUGUAUGUUAGGAGGCAUUUAAUUCUUAUGUAUCUGAUUUUGACAGCUUCUCAAGACGGACACAGGAGCACAGAUAUGAGCCCUCUGCUUGGGUUACUAUUUAAAGACUUCUAUUUUUUCCUGUGUGAUAGAAUUCCUGUCCCUUACUGUUUCUGUAUUUCCAGUCUAGCAGAUGGUGCAAGAAAUUAGAAAAGGACCAAACAAUUCUCCCAUUCUUGCUCCCCCAUCUUUGUAGCAAGAUGAAUCACUUUGACACAAAGCUUAGCUUCCUUGCUGACAAACAGCAUCCCCCUGGUGACAGAGAGGAUUAGUGCAAUCCAGUUUUACGCCACUAAGAAAACUGAGGGCACAAUGAAGGUGAACUUUUGCACUUCCAUUUCUUUCCACCCUCAUCCCCCUGCUCUGGCUUCUGGUCUGUCUGCCUUUAACAUAAGGAAAAAAAAACAUCCAGUAGUCUUCUUAUCAUUUUUGCAGUCUUCAGAGCUAGAGAGAAGGAGUUAAGGAGUUAGACUGUAACUUAUACUUCUCAGUGCUUGUAGAACAAAAAAGAUGCAUCUUGAGGAGACCUAUUAAUUAUUUAAUAUUAAAUAUUAGUAUGAUCAUUCAGGUAACUCUGAGGUGUAAACUGCACUGAUCAGUGGGGAUCAUCUGAUGUCUGGUCUACUGAAGUCCUUCUGAACUCUUAUGGAAGGAAGCUGCCUCCAUACAGUAGGAAAAGAUAAGACACUGCCUUUGUGGUAUAUGAAGUCUAGGUGAGCUUCAAAAGAUUUUAAUAAAUGCUGACCUACUACUACCAAAACUAUUUUAAAUGUAAUGCAAACCUUCAAAUAAUAGGAGUUCUUAAUAUUUUUAUGUAAAGUCUCUUGAUAACUGAUCACCUGCAUAUUUUUAAUGGAUGAAUGCAUUACUGAGCAAAACUUUCUGCUACAGUGUCACUCUGAUAUAAAAUUGUACUAAACAGACAGGGUUGGAUGUCCAUCAGUCUGUGACACACUAGCUUUUUUUUUUUUAACUCCAAUAUGAUAAACUAAAUGAGUUUUUAGGAACUUAAGGUAUGUUAGCAAGUGUUUUAUCUGGGAGUGGACUGCUUUUUUCAGUUGAUUAUUUUAACUGUGUUCAGCUGUAUGGGUCAGUACAUAGUAUGGUUUGAUCUAGCAGAUUAAAUUAUUCCAGAACUGUGGUUGAAACAUAGUUCCUGUUCAUGCAGUAGCUGUAUUGCUUAAUAUGAAGUUUCUUUUUUUUUUUUUUUUUUUAAGUAUUUCAGGUGAAAGCCUUAAUCAGGUGCCUGCCCCUUAAUGUAGGCUGGCAUGUGUAUAAACUGAAACAUGACUGUCCUUAAAACUGCAGUUUAAGAAAACAUCAUGAGUAGAAAAAUUCUCCUGUUGCCAAAGGGCAAGAGUCUGGAUUAGAUGAGCUUGACCUUGCUCCAGUGGCUCUGGCUAAUCACUUCAGGUGGUUGCUUUAGCCACUUGCUCCUUCUAAGUGAAGUAUUUUGAGUGGCCCUGAUCUAAGUGUGAGUGGCACUAGAUCUAAGCAGGAAGUGUCCUGUGUCCCACACAUACUGUGUGUGCCAGUCUGGCUGAAAUAACACCACAUAUUCCAGUGGUCUUGCACUAUUGUCCUUUGAACAUCAAGACCUGCAUUAUGGAUUUAUAACUUAAACUAAUAAAGCAAGUGCUAUUCUGGCUUGGUGUUUGCUCUGCUGGAGCAAGCUGGAGAUUGUCCCUCUAGAGCCAAGCUGAACUGCUUAGGGAAUUUAAUAUUUUUGUCUGUUUUCUGAGCAGGUGUUUACUUGUAUCACGGCCACUCUCCAGUGGUACCCUGGCCCUGUCUGCUCAAGAGCAACUCAACUUGGGCCCAGAAGGCUACUGAAUCCCCUCUAAUCUCUGCAGAGCAGAGUUUCCCUCCAGGUCAGGGUUGAGAUGGUGCUAAUGGGACCAGAAUGGUCCCCAUCCAUGCACAUCAGUAUUCUACUUAGCACUGAUAGGGUGCUCCACAACCAUUUACACCUUUAUCACUGGUACAGCUCAGAAAUAUGAAAUUGAAAGUUUCUUUCUUUAAGAACAAAAUCAUGUGUGUCUUUUUGUUAUUAAUAAGUGUAGUUCUGUGUUCUUAUGUAGCCAGCACAGAACUUGUAUUUAGGUUUAGUUCUUAACUGCGUUUCCCACAGCCCUCAUGUUGAAACUUCUUCCUGCUUCCUUUGACACUUAGACAAUAAAACUCCCUCUGUACUGCACUCAGCUUGUACAGAGAAAACAA